AGGACCCCCACGGUCGGGAUUGUGGGCUGGGCCGAGGAAAGGGCCAACAAGCCCAUGUCCUGCCCAAAGCCCGCUCCGGCGGUACCUUGAAAUACCCCGCCUUGGCGCCCGAGCGUAACCGCCUCACCCAACAGCGCGCCCUUCUCCUCGUCGCCGGAGCGCCGACAAGAACCAAGAACCCGCCUCCUCCGCUCUCCGGCGACCCAGCGCCGGCGGCGACCGAUGGACCAGUUCCACGACAGGCAGCACGUGCGGCUGCGGAGCCGCGUGCUCGGCACGUACCUCCACGCCGACCACGACGGGGAGCGCGUCUCCCUCAGCCGGCGCCGUGACUCGCUGCACGCGGCGUGGGCGGUGCACAUCCACCCACGCCCCGACGGCCCGUACCUUCUCCUCCACAGCGCCGCCUACGGCCGCUACCUCGGCGCCACGUUCAAGCCGUCGCCGCUCGGCCACCUCGGCUGCCGCACCGAGCAGCGCGACUACGACGACGAGCAGGACUUGAUGGCCGUCAUGUGGCGGGCCGCCGGGGCGGGCUUCCGGGACGUCGUCCUGCUCCGCAGCGUCUCCGGCCGCUUCCUCCGCGCCAACGGCAGGUACCUCCCCUGGAACAACGGGGUCACCGUCGACGACAACGUCAGCGCCAUGAUGUACUGGACCGUCGAGCCCAUCCCCGCCAGAGGCGGUCCGCCUGGCCUUCCAGGACCGAUUCACACCCCCAGCCCCGGAUAUCACUCCCUCAUGCUCUGGCGCAACCCGGUGGUGUCAUGGCUGAUCCGGUUCAUGCCGUCCGAUCCGAACGGUCCCAUCUACUCCCGGUACUGCUGGACCACGUUCCGGUACAGGGGGAGGUCCGUGUUCCACCUGAGGGACGAGCUGGCCAGGCGCAUGGCCUUCGUCCUGGACGGCCGUCAGUCCUUCGACCUGGUAAUGUGCGUCCGAGCGGGCCGCGAGGGUCGUCUGACCCCACUCGUCGUCGACCUGCCCAGCAGCGGCUACGGAGAGACCCUCUCGAUUGUCGUUAUCAUGUCCGGGACCCCAGCUUAUAAUGCACUGCGGCACCCGGAUGUUGACGCAGCGUAGAUAAAGAUCAGAGCAGGAGUCCUGGCAGUUCACCUCUUCAGAAGUUUCUCCGCCCCGGACAUACAGCGGAACUGGACGCAUACUUUUGCAUAUGGAUAGAUAGAUAUAGGUUCAGAAAACUCAGCAGCCCCUGUGUUUCUUUUGCUAGCUAAAACUUGCUCCGCUCUCUCGACAGGACAGGGCGAACCUGUCUCUUUUGGCCUUGCGGUUCUAUGAUUCAGAACUGCUGAAAGCGUUGUGUCCAGUGGUUGUAGUAGUCGUUGGAGUGCCACUCUUCUGCAAUUCAUUCAUCUCUAUGAUUUAGUUGGUUCUUGCAAUGAGUUGAUCUUGCAUUUAUGUUAGAUGAUGGAUGCACUUCUUAGAAAUGAAAGCAGCGGUUCUUGCCAGUAAUGAGUCGAUGAUCCUGUGUUUCUGUUAGGCCCUGGGCAGGAAUGGAAUAUGUAGUGGGUUUGAGCUGGUGAUGGUGCUUGCAAUUGUGCUGUUCUGGGUUUUGGCCAAGGAGCAUGAAAAGGAAUUUGUCUCAAGUGCCGAGCAUCUGGGUUUUGAACACGGCCACAUCUGCAUUGCAAUUCCUUUGCAACAUCUGUGCUCCAAGUGCUCUUAUAAGAUUUUGAACUUGGUUGUACAACCUGACAUUCC